AUGGCUGGGGAGCUGACUGAUAAGCGCGACCGAGAUGUAUCGCCAUCCAAGCACCGCAAGCGGUCCCGUUCUCGCUCCGCUGACAGAGAGCGUGACAGGAAGACCUCUCCAUCAAAAGACAGGAAGAGGCAUCGAUCUAGGGAUAGAAGAUCUCGCAGCCGUUCCCGUUCUCGCUCCAAGUCUAAUGAAAGGGACAGAAGACAGAAAGAUAGAAAGAAAGAUCGAGAGAGAGAUAAGGAUGCUCAUCGUCGGGACAAAGACAAGGACAAGAAAAGAUCCAGGUCCCCAUCUCCAAGCCGCAAUAAAGAGGUCAAAGUUAAAAAAGAAAAAGAUCUAAAGAAGGAAUCUGAGGAGGAAUCUCAAGCUGAGAAGAAGUCAAAGGUACAGCCUCUUUCACUGGAAGAGUUGUUGGCAAAGAAGAAGAAAGAAGAGGAGGCUGAAUCAAAGCCGAAAUUCCUAUCCAAAGCAGAACGGGAGGCUGAAGCCCUGAAACGCAGACAGUUGGAGGUGGAAGACAGACAGAAAUCAAUAGAAGAAGAGCGCAAAAAGAGGAAACAGUUCCAGGAGCAGGGCAGGCGGAUGCUUGAGGAUCCUCAGGAGCGAGAGAGGCGAGAGCGGAGAGAGCGCAUGGAGCGGGAAAACAAUGGUAAUGAGGAUGAUGAGGGAAGGAUAAAAGUCAGAGAAGAAAAGGAUAAAACCAAAGAGCUACAGGCUAUAAAGGAGCGUUACCUUGGAGGAUUAAAGAAAAGAAGGCGGACACGGCAUUUGAAUGACAGGAAGUUUGUGUUUGAAUGGGAUGCAUCAGAAGAUACUUCUAUUGAUUACAAUCCUUUAUACAAGGAAAGACACCAUGUUCAGCUCCUUGGUCGAGGCUUUAUUGCAGGUAUAGACCUAAAACAGCAGAAGCGUGAACAGUCUCGGUUCUAUGGAGACCUUAUGGAAAGGAGGCGGACAUUGGAGGAGAAAGAACAGGAGGAAGUGCGUCUGCGUAAGCUGCGGAAGAAAGAAGCCAAGCAGCGCUGGGAUGACAGACAUUGGUCUCAGAAAAAGCUGGAUGAGAUGACAGACAGAGAUUGGCGUAUCUUCAGAGAGGACUACAGCAUUACAACCAAAGGUGGUAAAAUUCCUAAUCCAAUCCGCUCCUGGAUUGACUCCUCCCUGCCACCACAUAUUCUGGAAGUUAUCGACAAGUGCGGAUACAAGGAGCCAACACCAAUUCAGAGACAAGCCAUUCCUAUUGGUUUGCAGAAUCGUGAUAUCAUCGGUGUAGCCGAGACUGGUAGUGGUAAAACUGCUGCCUUCCUUAUUCCUUUACUGGUCUGGAUCACAACUUUGCCCAAGAUUGACAGGAUUGAGGAAUCAGACCAGGGACCUUAUGCUAUUAUUUUGGCUCCUACAAGAGAGUUGGCACAACAGAUUGAGGAGGAAACCAUCAAAUUUGGAAAGCCACUGGGUAUUCGAACUGUGGCUGUUAUUGGUGGUAUUUCUCGUGAAGACCAAGGAUUCCGUCUGCGAAUGGGAUGCGAGAUUGUGAUUGCUACUCCUGGACGUCUGAUAGACGUAUUAGAAAAUCGCUACUUAGUCCUGAGCCGCUGUACAUAUGUAGUACUGGAUGAAGCUGACCGUAUGAUUGACAUGGGUUUUGAGCCAGAUGUCCAGAAGAUCUUGGAGCACAUGCCAGUUACCAACCAGAAGCCAGACACAGAUGAAGCAGAAGACCCAGAAAAAAUGACUGCCAACUUUGAGUCUGGAAAGCACAAGUACAGACAAACAGUCAUGUUCACAGCUACUAUGCCUCCAGCUGUAGAGCGGCUGGCCAGAAGCUAUCUGCGGCGGCCUGCAGUGGUGUACAUUGGCUCGGCUGGUAAACCACAUGAAAGAGUUGAACAGAAAGUGUUCCUCAUGUCUGAAGCUGAAAAGAGGAAGAAGCUUCUUGCCAUCCUUGAGAAAGGAUUUGACCCACCAAUCAUCAUUUUUGUCAACCAGAAGAAAGGUUGUGAUGUUUUGGCCAAGUCCCUUGAAAAGAUGGGGUACAAUGCUUGUACUCUUCAUGGUGGUAAAGGCCAAGAGCAGAGAGAGUUUGCAUUGUCUAACCUUAAGGCUGGAGCUAAAGAUAUUCUAGUUGCCACUGAUGUGGCUGGAAGAGGUAUUGAUAUCCAGGAUGUGUCCAUGGUGGUGAACUACGAUAUGGCUAAAAAUAUUGAAGAUUAUAUCCAUCGUAUUGGUAGAACCGGUAGAGCUGGUAAGAGCGGUGUUGCCAUCACGUUCCUCACAAAAGAAGAUUCUUCUGUCUUCUAUGACCUCAAACAAGCCAUCCUUGAAAGCCCAGUGUCCUCAUGCCCACCUGAGCUGGCUAAUCAUCCCGAUGCACAGCACAAGCCUGGCACCAUCCUUACCAAGAAGAGAAGAGAAGAGACCAUCUUUGCUUGA